AUGGUGCCGUCUCCUUCGUUGCGGUACCGACGGAGUUGGAGUCGUUUUCGGACUGCUGUGGUGGUGGCUGCAGUGGCGACAGCUUUGGCUGCAUCCCUUUUGGCCGCUACCGCUGCGCCAGCUGCGGCCGCUCAAGAAGUCAUCAACCUGCCAGAGCUCGCGGUUAGCCGUGGGCAGACUCAAGACCACGGACGGGUGGAGUCUGUGCCAAGGGAAGGUCCUGGGAAAGGGCCAGGAGGCUACGAAGAGUUCAGCUCUCUCCCCAUGAUGGACGUGGGUGAGGAGUGUACACCCAGCCGACUCUGGGUCAAAGACGUCGAUACGUCAAGCUAUGAGCUGGGGUGCAAAGAGAUUGAGGUGCGUUUCGGCAGUUUUUUUCUCGGUCGACCUGCAGUAGUCUAUGAGAUGAAUGACGACCGUACAUACCCGGUUGGGUCGUCUAGCUGGUAG